CUUCACGCCAAGGAGAAGCCCUUCAGGUGCUUGGAAUGCGGGAAGAGCUUCAGCCGGAGCUCCACCCUCCUCACCCACCGGCACAUCCACACCGGGGAACGGCCCUACACGUGCGGGGAGUGCGGGAAGAGCUUCAGCCACAGGUCCAGCCUGCUCUGCCACCGCAACACCCACACCCGGGAGCUGCUCUACAGGUGCGAGGAGUGCGGGAAGAGCUUCGGCCGGAGGUGCCACCUGAUCGGCCACCUGAGCGUCCACUCCGGGGAGCGGCCCCACCGCUGCCUGGAAUGCGGGAGGAGCUUCAGGCGGAGCUCCAACCUGCUCAGCCACCGGCGCAGCCACACCGGGGAGCGGCCCUACAAGUGCGAGGAGUGCGGGAAGAGCUUCAGCCAGAGCUCCACCCUCCGCACCCACCGGCGCAGCCACACCGGGGAACGGCCCUACAAGUGCGGGGAGUGCGGGAGGAGCUUCGUCUGCGCCUCCCACCUGGCCUUGCACCAGAAGAGCCACACCGGGGAACGGCCCUACGAGUGCUCGGAGUGCGGGAAGAGGUUCCAGAGCAGCUCCCGCCUCCUCAGGCACGAGCAGGCACACACCGGGGAGAGGCCCUUCCGCUGCACCGAGUGCGGGAAGGGCUUCACCCUCAACUCCACCCUCGUCGCCCACCGGAGGAUCCACACCGGGGAGAGGCCCUACAAGUGUGGGGAGUGCGGGAAGAGCUUCUUCACGAGCUCUGCCUUGGCCAAGCACCGACGGACCCACCGGUGA